CUUCAGACCACGCUGCAGACAGAUGAGGUGAAGAAUGUCCCUUGUGGUACCAGUGGAGGAGUGAUGAUUUAUUUUGACAGAAUUGAGGUGGUGAAUUUCCUCAUCCAGAGCGCAGUGUACGACAUAGUGAAGAACUACACCGCUGACUAUGACAAAGCUCUCAUCUUCAACAAGAUUCACCAUGAGCUGAACCAGUUCUGCAGUGUCCACACGCUGCAGGAGGUCUACAUUGAGCUGUUCGAUCAGAUUGAUGAAAACCUUAAACUGGCCUUGCAGCAAGACCUAACGACGAUGGCCCCUGGAUUAAUUAUACAGGCAGUUCGAGUUACAAAGCCAAACAUCCCUGAAACAAUCCGGAGGAAUUAUGAGCUCAUGGAGAGCGAGAAGACAAAGCUGCUGAUUGCAGCACAGAAGCAGAAGGUGGUGGAGAAGGAAGCGGAGACAGAAAGGAAGAAAGCCCUCAUCGAGGCAGAAAAAAUAGCACAAGUUGCUGAAAUAACUUAUGGACAGAAAGUGAUGGAAAAGGAAACGGAGAAGCGAAUUUCAGAGAUUGAAGAUGCUGCAUUUCUUGCCAGAGAGAAGGCAAGAGCUGAUGCUGAAUGCUACACUGCUAUGAAGGUAGCCGAGGCUAACAAGCUGAAGUUAACUCCCGAGUACUUGCAGCUGAUGAAAUACAGGGCUAUCGCAGCAAACAGCAAGAUCUACUUUGGCAAAGAUAUUCCCAACAUGUUCAUGGACUAUGCGGGAAGCCAGAGCAAAUUUGCAGAGGGACUGGCGGAAGGAGUCCAAGAAGAGGAUGGGGCAGGAACCGGUGAGGACUCGAAACUACUCCAUAACGUCAACUGAAAAGAAAGAUUUCUAUUCGUUUUAUAUCAAAAGAAACAUGAACUGGGAAGUUCCUUUCUGUUUUCCCCCUUUCCUGUACUGAAAGAGACAAAUCGGACUUAAUCCUUUCAAUCUUUUGUAUGGCAAUUGGACACAAAGACUUUGGUAUUUGUGGGGUGUUUUUUCUGGUAACUCCUAAGCAGCCGGCUCCGGGUAUGUCCUCUAGAUGCACCUCUCCCUGCGCUUGGACAGACAGACCGCAGUGUUCUGGAGAGGCCAGCUAGACUGUCCUGCAGCCAGCUUAGA